CUAAACCCCCCAAUUUUCUUCGAUAAAUUAAUUUCUGAUUCCUCUCUCUUCAGUUACACACUCCAAUGACUGCAUUCACUCACUUCUUCCUCUCUUUCGGUCUCUGAGCAUGCAAUUGGCGUUGGUCUCGUAGCAUUUUCUCUGGAAAUGACGAACAAGGGGAAGGGAAAGGGCAAGGAGGUUGCCGGAAAAGCGUCGGCGGAAAAGCGCAAGCGCGGCUACGACGAUGACAAGACCGGCGGCGGCCGCAAGAGAAACAGCCGAGGAGUCCUUCAGUUUUUUGAGGACGCCGCUUACGUUGAAGAGAGCGAAGAGAGCGAUUUCAGCGACGACAGCGAUUUCGCCGAUGAUUUUUUUGACGAUGAUUUUGAUGCCGUGCAAAGAAUGAUGAACGAGCCAGCUAAGGGCCAGAGUAGUCUCCCAUUUGUCCCUAAAGAGGAAUUGGUGGACGAAGAAGAGUUUGAUAGGUUAUUGGAGGAGCGCUUCGGAGAUCCAUCUAGGUUUAUCAGGUUUGCUGAUGAUUUUGAUGACAAAGUAAUCGAUCCAACUUCUAUGCAUGAUGGUGUCAAGGAAUUAGUUCCAAACAUCUGGAAAGUCAAAUGCACUGUUGGCCGUGAGAGGCUUUCAGCUUUUUCUCUGAUGCAGAAGUUUGCUGACUUGAAUUCACUGGGUACUACAUUGAAGAUAAAAUCUGCAUUUGCUGUAGAUCAUAUGAAAGGAUUUGUUUUCAUUGAAGCUGACAAGCAGUAUGAUAUAAAUGAGGCAUGUCAAGGGAUUCCUGGUAUCUAUGUUACCCGAGUGGCACCCGUACCAAAUAGUGAGGUUUGUCAUCUGUUCACUGUUCGAAGUAGAAGCCCUGAAAUUUCUGAGGGCAUGUGGGUUCGUAUCAAAGGUGGUAAUUACAAGGGGGACUUAGCACAGGUUGUGGCUGUGAAUAAUACACGCAAAAAAGUUACAGUGAAGCUUAUUCCAAGAAUUGAUCUGCAAGCACUGGCUGCCAAAUUUGGUGGAGGAUAUAGUCGCCAAAAGUUUGCUGUACCGCCACCAAGAUUAAUCAGCUCGAGUGAACUUGAGGAGUUCCGACCACUCAUACAAGUCAAACGUGACCGUGAUACUGGCAAGGUUUUUGAGGUUUUAGAUGGUUUGAUGCUCAAGGAUGGAUAUGUAUACAAAAAAGUAUCUCCGGAUUCAUUAAGUUUAUGGGGUGUUGUGCCAACAGAAGAGGAGCUAUUAAAGUUUGGACCUUCUGAAAACAGUGAAUCAAAUGAUUUGGAGUGGCUCUCUCAGCUUUAUGGUGAUAAAAAGAAAAAACGGGUUACAAGAGCUGAUAAGGGAGGUGGGAAAGGAGAGAGUUCAUCUGGUUCUGGUGUGGUAAAUGGUUUUGAGCUUUAUGAUUUAGUAUGUUUUGGUAAGAAGGAUUUCGGUGUAAUAGUAGGCAUGGAGAAAGAUGAUAUUUACAAGAUUCUUAAAGAUAGUUCAGAUGGACCUGUUGCUGUAACUAUUGAACGCCAAGAAAUAAAGAGUGGGCUAUUUGAUUUGAAACUUACUGCCCUAGAUCAACACUGUAAGACUAUAUUGGUUAAUGAUACUGUCAAGGUUCUGGAGGGUCCAUCUAAGGGUAAACAAGGAAUUGUCAAGCACAUUUAUAGAGGGAUUGUCUUUUUAUAUGAUGGAAAUGAGGAAGAACAUGGAGGUUAUUUCACUUGUAAAUCUAAUGUGUGUGAGAAGGUCAAGCUUGCUGUUGGUGAUUGUAGUGGAAAGGAUAGUGAACCGGGUCCUUUAAUCUUUGAAGACCAACCAUCAUCACCAAGAUCUCCCCUGUCACCCAAAAAACCAUGGCAAGCAAGAGAAAAUAAUCGUGAAUUCAACCGGGGGGACAACAAUAACAUGUUCACUAUUGGUCAGAGCUUGAGGAUUAGGAUAGGUCCUUUGAAGGGAUACCUUUGCCGUGUCAUUGGCUUGCGUCGCUCUGAUGUUACUGUGAAACUAGAUUCUCAGCAGAAGGUUCUUACAGUUAAAUGUGAGCACCUUUCUGAGGUUCAGGCGAAAAGUACUGCCAUUUCAACAAGUGGUGAUCCUGAUUCAAGUUCAUCCAAGCCAUUUGAUCUGCUGGGUACUGAAGGCAACUCUGGAGGUUGGAAUAUUGGAGUGGGAACAUCUACUGGGGGUGGUGGCUGGAAUUCUGGUGGGGCGUCUUCUGAAGGGAAUGCAUGGACUAAUAAUUCUGCACCAAGCGUCUUGAAACCAGACUCUACCUUGAAUCCCUCCAGUUCCAAUGGUGCAGAAGAAACUGCUUGGGAAAUUAGUAGUUCAAAUCAGAGCUCCUCAUGGGGUGCUGCAGUGAAAACCGGAAUUUCUUCUGAUCCAGAUCAGUCUGGUGGCUGGAGCAGCUGGGGUCAGGCAGAGCAGAAAACUGGUAGUGUGGGUGAUGAUAAUCAGAAUAGCAGUUGGAAUACAACCAAGUCUUCUGAAAAGGAGUCUUCUGGUUGGAACACUGUCCAAAAGUCAAAUGCAACUUCAUCGACUGGAUGGGGUGAUGGCAACAGUUUUAAAAGUGGAUCAGAUGAAGGAAACAAGAAAUCUACUUGGAGUGGCUGGAAGUCUGGAACAAGUGGAGUCAAAGAAGUUGGAAACCCAUCUGGUAAUUCAGAUAUUGAUGCUAAUCAGGAUGCAACUCUAUGGAAAAACAAACCAAAUAAGGAGGUGAGUGAGUCAUCUGGUUGGAAUGAUUCAGGAAAAGCUUCAGAUGGUUUGGCUGCAGGGUGCAGUCAACCUACAAAUUGGGGUACUUGGAAAUCUGGCAAUGCGAAUGGCAACCAGAAUUCUCGCUGGAGUUCUGGGAAUACUGAGCCUGAAAAUCAAAAUUCCAACUCAGAUAAGAAAAACAGUUGGAACACUGGAAACAGUGGAAACCAGGCUUCUGAUCCAAAUAAUAGCAACUGGAAUUCUGGAUCUGGUAAUUCCAAUGAAAUCUCCAACAGGGGAAACAAUGGCAACUGGAACUCUAACAAAUCCUCUUGGGGUGCUGGAAAUGAAAACAAGAAUUCCACCUGGAGUUCUGGGCAUACUGAUUCUGGAAAUCAAGAUUCCAAUCAGGAAAAGGAAAGCAAUUGGAACACUGGAAACAGUGGAAACCAGGCUUCUGAUCCAAAUAAUAGCAAUUGGAAUUCUGGAUCUGGUAAUUCCAAUGAAAACUCCAACAGGGGAAACAAUGGCAACUGGAACUCUAACAAAUCCUCUUGGGGUGCUGGAAAUGAAAACAAGAAUUCCACCUGGAGUUCUGGGCAUACUGAUUCUGGAAAUCAAGAUUCCAAUCAGGGAAAGAAAAGCAAUUGGAACACUGGAAACAGUGGAAACCAGGCUUCUGAUCCAAAUAAGAGCAAUUGGAAUUCUGGAUCUGGUAAUUCCAAUGAAAACACCAACAGGGGAAACAACGGCAACUGGAACUCUAACAAAUCCUCUUGGGGUGCUGGAAAUGAAAACAUGAAUUCCACCUGGAGUUCUGGGCAUACUGAUUCUGGAAAUCAAGAUUCCAAUCAGGGAAACAAAAGCAAUUGGAACACCGGAAAAAGUGGAAACCAAGCUUCUGAUCCAAACAAUAGCAAUUGGAAUUCUGGGUCUGGUGAUUCCAAUCAAAAUUCCAACUGGGGGAACAAUAGUAAUUGGAAACCUAACAAGUCCUCUUGGAAUGCUGGGAAUGAAAACAAGAGUUCUAGUUGGAGUUCUGGGCAUACUGAUUCUGGAAAUCAGGAUUCUAACUUGGGCAAGGAAAGUAAUUGGCAUUCUGGAUCUGGCAAUACUAAUCAAAACACCGGUUGGAAAAGCAAUAGCAGCUGGAACACAGGAAAUAGUGAUGACAAGUUGAAUGACGUAAAUGAAGGUUCAAAUGAAAAUUCCAAUGGUGGCGGAAACUGGAGAGGUGGCUCAGACAGAGGUAGCUUUAGAGGUAGAGGUUUUCGGGGCAGAGGAGAACGUGGGGGCUUUGGUGGACGGGGAGAUCGUGGUGGCAGGGGAGGUCGUGGGGGCUGGGUAGAUCGUGGGGGCAGGGGAGAUCGUGGUGGUAGAGGAGAUCGUGGAGGCUUUGGUGGCCGAGGAGGCUUUGGUGGUAGAGGUAGAUCUGACAGGGAAGGUUCCGGUGGUAGGUGGGGAUCAGAUGGAGGACGUGGUGGCCGGGGAUCUGGUGGUUGGAGUAACAGAAGGGAUUUUGGUGAUGAUGGGUCCUCUGACUGGAAGAACAGUAAUGGAUCUGAGGCUUGGAACCAGGGCAAUGAAGAUAAGGAAGGUCCUAGCUGGAGCCAAGCUGGUGGAAGUAAUAAGCAAUGGCAAAGCUGGAGUUCAGCAAAUGGUGGAGCUAAAUCUAGUGGCUGGAACAACAGAGGGGGUUCUGGUGAGGAUGGAUCCUCUGACUGGAAGAAGGGUGCGGAUAAUACUGAAGGAUGGAAAACUGGUAAUGGGUCUCAGGCUUGGAGCCAGGGAGGUGGAAGUAAUAAACAGAGCUGGAGUUCAACAACUGGUGGAGCUAACAAUAAUUGGAACAACAAUGGAUCAAGUCAGGCCACAGAGACUGGGAAUGGAUCUCAGGCUUGGAACCAGGGAGGUGGAAGUAAUAAGCAGAGCUGGAGUUCAACAACUGGUGGAGCUAAAGAUAAUUGGAACAACAAUGGGUCAAGUCAGGCCACAGAGGCUGUCCAUGCUUCUAGCUGGAAAAGAUCUACUACAACUGAAGAGACCAAUAUUCAGGACGGUGGGUGGAACAAAGGAUCUAGUUCAAACACUACUUCUAGGGGCUGGGACAAUCAAGAGGCGGGUUGGAAGGGCAGUGGUGUUUCAGGGAAUGGUGGUGAAACUGCAGAACGAGUUCUGAACUGGGGUCAAUCAAGUGCUGCAGACAAGGGUCAAUCAUCUAGUUGGAAAGAAUCUGACCCAGGUUCGUGGGGCAAGAGAAAUGACGGGGGUGACAAAGGUGGAUGGUAGUUGCUUCUUUCUAGAACGUGCUAGAUAGGCCAAAGAAGGAAGUCCAGCUCGGGCAUUUGUAACUAACGGCAAACUUUCUUUUGUAAAUCCGUACAAAUUUGUGCUGAAACUUGAUUUUUAUUGUUUUAACUUUAAAAUAUUGCAAACAAAUCUGAUGAAUGACCAAUCCUUUCUGCUUUGUUAUGCAUGAACGUCAAGAAAUAUGCUUACCUGAAUUUGGAUGCUUA